GAUAAACACAAGGACUGCUCUGGUGUAACUUUACAUCUGACACAUCAAAAGCAGCCUUUGAUUGCUGGAAUGUAUCUUAUGAUGUCUGUGAACACUGUAAUACCACCAGGUGAGAAAGUGGUUGAUGCAGACAUUGCCUGCCAUUACAAAAGGUUUCCAAUGCACCUUUUUGCCUACAGAGUUCAUACACACAGACUAGGUAAAGUAGUGAGUGGAUACAGAGUGAGAAACGGUCAAUGGACAUUGAUUGGUAGACAGAGUCCACAACUACCACAGGCAUUCUAUCCAGUACAACAGCCUGUAGAUGUUAGCUAUGAUGAUAUCCUAGCAGCUAGAUGUGUGUUCAGUGGUGAAGGCAGAACUACAGAGACACAUAUAGG